AGCAACACUAUGUCGCUUUCAGUCUGCACCUCAGGACUGUCCUCACAGUCCAGGAGGUCGUCCUCACAGAAUGGGGUGGCAGGAAGACCUUGGGGUGCAUCUGCUUCUAGUGUUGCAGGCAGCUACGGAGGAAUGGCGUCUGGCCUUGGAGCUGGUUACGGGGGUCUCAUUUCUGCGGCUUCCAUGUUUGGUUGUAGUUCUGGCUUCAGCGGUGGCGCUACAUGCUCCUUACCAGGGCUUGGCACUGUCUAUGGGGGACCGCUGGGAGGUGGCUUGGGGGGGCUAGGGAUAGGGGGAAGCUCCGGUGGUGGCUCUCUGUGUAUCCUCUCUGACAAUGAUGGAGGACUUCUUUCUGGUUCUGAAAAAGAAACCAUGCAAAAUUUGAAUGAUAGACUAGCUUCCUACCUGGGCAAGGUUCAUGCUCUAGAGGAAGCUAAUGCAGAACUGGAGAACAAAAUUCGAGAGUGGUAUGAAACGCGACGGACUGGAGACACCGUGCCCCAGAGCGAUUACAGUAAAUAUUACCCACUGAUUGAAGACUUAAAGAAUAAGAUCAUUUCUGCCAGCGUUGGGAAUGCCCAAGUCAUCCUGCAGAUUGACAACGCGAGGCUUGCUGCUGAAGACUUCAGGGUGAAGUAUGAGACUGAGCUGGCCCUGCGCCAGACCGUGGAGGCCGACAUCAAUGGGCUUCGCCGGGUGCUGGACGAGCUGACCCUGGCCAGAGCCGACCUAGAGACACAGACAGAGAACCUGACUGAGGAGCUGGCCUAUAUGAAGAAGAACCAUGAGGAGGAACUCCAAAGUUUCCAGGCAGGUGGGCCAGGAGAAGUCAAUGUAGAAAUGGAUGCUGCACCUGGAGUGGACCUCACCAAGGUCCUCAAUGAAAUGAGGGCCCAGUAUGAAGCCAUGGCUGACCAAAACCGGAAAGACGCAGAGGCCUGGUUCCUUGAAAAGAGUGGAGAGCUCAGGAAAGAGAUCAGCAGCAACACGGAGCAGCUUCAGUCCAGCAAGAGUGAGAUCACCGACCUGAGGCGCAUGGUGCAGAACCUGGAGAUUGAACUCCAGUCCCAGCUCGCCAUGAAGAAGUCCCUGGAAAACUCACUGGCUGAAACCGAGGGUGGUUACUGCUGCCAGCUGUCUCAGGUGCAACAGCUUAUAGGCAGCCUGGAGGAGCAACUCCAACAGGUGCGGGCAGAUGCAGAGCGUCAGAACGCUGACCACCAGCGGCUGCUGGGCGUCAAGGCCCGCCUGGAGAAGGAGAUUGAGACCUACCGCCGCCUGCUGGAUGGAGAGGCCCAAGGGGAUGGUUUUGAUGAAAGUUUAUCCCUCACUCUCUCCAAACCUCAGACACCAUCCGUUGACUCCUCUAAAGACCCAAAUAAAACUCGAAAAAUCAAGACAGUUGUGCAGGAGAUAGUGAAUGGUGAAGUGGUCUCAUCUCAAGUUCAGGAACUUGAAGAAGCAAUAUAAGGCCUCACCUGGCUCCUUGGAAAUGCGAAGUUUACAGCUAGAAGUUCUUGCUUCCAUUUGCUAUGUUAAUCCAGUACCUGUUUUG